CACCGGGGCUCCGGCACCCGCCCCGCGUCCCGCCGCGAUGCUGAGCCGCUGCUGAACCGGCCGCUGGGCGCUCGCUCCUGCACCCCCGCCCUCCGACAGGUUGAGGAGAUCUGGGACCUGUUCUGUGGAAGCGGCCAUGUCGCAAGCAACUCACCCACCCACCUUCCCAGUGAGCUUCCAACUCCUGAGCGUUGUGCUGGUGUUGCUCUUCCAUGCAGAUGGCAUACACGCGGAAGGCCCCAGCGAACUGCCUGUGAACGACACCGAGGAGUGCACUGGCUCAUACAUCUGCAAAAAGGGUGUGAUUUUACCAAUAUGGGAACCGCAAGACCCCUCAUUCGGUGACAAAAUUGCUCGGGCAACAGUGUAUUUUGUAGCAAUGGUGUACAUGUUCCUGGGAGUAUCCAUCAUUGCUGACCGCUUCAUGUCCUCCAUUGAAGUCAUUACAUCCCAAGAGAGGGAAAUAACCAUCAAGAAGCCCAAUGGUGAGACCAGCAAAACCACAGUGAGGAUCUGGAAUGAGACCGUUUCCAACCUCACACUAAUGGCUUUGGGCUCGUCUGCUCCUGAAAUUCUCCUGUCUGUUAUCGAAGUGUGUGGCCAUGGCUUCACGGCAGGAGACUUGGGACCAAGCACAAUUGUGGGGAGUGCUGCGUUUAACAUGUUUGUCAUCAUUGCGAUCUGUGUUUAUGUGGUUCCAGAUGGAGAGAUAAGGAAGAUCAAGCACUUGCGAGUGUUUUUUGUUACAGCGGCAUGGAGCAUCUUUGCCUACACUUGGCUUUACAUUAUUUUAUCUGUGUCUUCUCCCGGGAUUGUGGAGGUUUGGGAAGGCUUGCUCACCUUCUUCUUCUUCCCCAUUUGUGUGGUGUUUGCCUGGAUAGCUGACAGGAGGCUUUUAUUUUACAAGUACGUCUACAAGAAAUACCGAGCUGGCAAGCAGAGAGGCAUGAUCAUUGAGCAUGAGGGUGACCGGCCCUCCUCCAAAGCUGAUAUCGAGAUGGACGGAAAGGUUGCUAACUCUCAUGUGGAGAACUUUUUGGAUGGGACACUGGUGUUGGAGGUGGAUGAGAAAGACCAGGAUGACGAGGAAGCCAGGAGGGAAAUGGCUCGGAUCCUGAAGGAGCUGAAACAAAAACACCCCGACAAGGAAAUUGAGCAGCUUAUUGAGUUGGCCAACUACCAGGUCCUGAGCCAGCAGCAAAAGAGCAGGGCCUUUUACCGCAUUCAGGCUACUCGGCUCAUGACAGGAGCUGGCAACAUCUUGAAGAGACAUGCUGCAGACCAGGCCCGCAAAGCUGUCAGCAUGCACGAGGUCAACAGCGAGGUGGCAGAAAACGAUCCCAUCAGCAAGCUCUACUUUGAGCAGGGGACCUACCAGUGCCUGGAGAACUGUGGCACAGUCGCUUUGACCAUCAUUCGCCGGGGAGGUGACUUGACCAACACAGUGUACGUUGACUUCCGGACAGAGGAUGGGACGGCCAAUGCUGGCUCUGACUAUGAGUUCACUGAAGGGACAGUGGUCUUCAAGCCUGGAGAGACCCAGAAAGAAAUCCGUGUUGGCAUAAUCGAUGAUGACAUUUUUGAGGAGGAUGAGAACUUCCUGGUCCAUCUCAGUAAUGUCCGUGUGAGCACUGAGGCCUCAGAUGAGGGCAUUCUUGAGGCCAGUCGUGUCUCAACGCUUGCCUGCCUGGGAUCACCAUCUACAGCCACCGUCACCAUCUUUGAUGAUGACCAUGCUGGCAUCUUCACUUUUGAGGAGCCAGUAAUGCACAUCAGUGAAAGUGUGGGGACCAUGGAAGUGAAAGUGUUGCGAACCUCUGGUGCACGAGGAAAUGUUAUUGUACCCUACAAAACCAUUGAAGGCUCAGCCAAAGGUGGAGGAGAGGACUUUGAAGACACCUGCGGGGAGCUGGAGUUCCAGAAUGAUGAGAUAGUGAAAUUCAUUACCCUUAGAGUACUUGACCGUGAGGAGUAUGAGAAAGAGUGCAGUUUCUUCCUUGUGCUUGGGGACCCGGUGUGGCUACGACGAGGAGUGAAAGGUGGCUUCACCAUCACAGAGGAGAAUGAAGAAAAGCAUCCCCUGACCAGCAAGGAAGAGGAAGAGCGUCGGAUCGCAGAAAUGGGGCGCCCGGUCCUGGGGGAGCACACCAAGCUCGAAGUCAUCAUUGAGGAAUCUUACGAGUUCAAGAACACAGUGGACAAGCUCAUUAAGAAGACAAACCUGGCCCUGGUGGUUGGCACAAACAGCUGGAGAGAGCAGUUUAUUGAGGCUAUUACUGUUAGUGCAGGUGAAGACGACGAUGACGAUGAAUGUGGGGAGGAGAAGCUGCCCUCCUGCUUUGACUACGUGAUGCACUUUCUGACCGUCUUCUGGAAGGUCCUUUUUGCCUUCGUGCCCCCAACAGACUACUGGAAUGGCUGGGCUUGCUUCGUCGUCUCCAUCCUCAUGAUCGGCCUCCUGACAGCUUUCAUCGGUGACCUGGCAUCCCACUUUGGCUGCACCAUUGGCUUGAAGGACUCGGUCACCGCGGUCGUGUUUGUCGCGCUGGGGACAUCAGUGCCAGACACCUUUGCCAGCAAAGUAGCAGCGACGCAGGACCAGUAUGCAGAUGCCUCCAUCGGGAAUGUCACCGGGAGCAAUGCCGUGAACGUUUUCCUGGGCAUCGGGGUGGCCUGGUCGAUCGCAGCCAUCUACCAUGCGGCGCACGGACAAGCUUUCCAAGUCUCACCCGGCACCCUGGCCUUCUCCGUCACCCUCUUCACCAUUUUUGCUUUUAUCAGUGUGGGUGUGCUGCUCUACCGGCGGAGACCUGAGAUUGGAGGUGAGCUGGGCGGGCCGCGGACUUCCAAGCUGCUCACAUCCUCACUCUUUAUCCUCCUCUGGCUCUUGUACAUAUUCUUCUCAUCUCUGGAAGCCUACUGCCACAUAAAGGGCUUCUAAAGGGACAAUCAGAGAUAGUAAAUAUAUGUAUAUCUAUAUGUAUCUAUAUAGAGUGAUAUAUAGGUAUAGAUAUAGAUAUAAAGCUGUGUAUAAUGAACAGAGAAAGAAUAAAAGAGAUUUGCCAUGUUCACACACCUGCUGACGGAAAGCGGCUUUGGAGGAUCCUUUGAACUAGUCAGGACCCCAAAGCCAGCAGGACCCCUCCCUGGGCAGCGGCCCUGGCCAGGAGCCCAGCAGCAGGGCCCUCUCUGCAACUCUAUCAACAAGAGCAGCUGAUAGCCACCGAGCCCUUUCCCAUCGCUCUCUCCUGCCUGCCGGCUCCCCGGGAGGAUGGAUGUGAAAGCAACCAGGGUGCAUCAGUACGGGGAAGUCCAGAGUAGCUGGUAAGAAACAGAGCAGUGGGCGAGGGAAGGAGAGGAAAGUGAGGGUCCUGAUGUCCGACCACCAUCCGCCUGCCUUCACCACUCGGGAACAUCCCCUCUGGCCCUGUUGGAGAGAAGCGAGAGACCGGACUGAAGACAAGGGGAAAUUGGGAGCUUUCUAAGGAUAGAACACAAACCGUUUUCGUCAUUGAUUUGGGGUUGGGUUUUUUGUUUUGUUUUGGCGUGUGUACAAGUAGCAUCUCCCCCCACAUGCCCCUCACCUUUUCCCCUCCGUGCUUCGGGGAUGCGCAGCCGCAACCUCGUGUCCAGUGUCCUAAGCUGAGGCUGUGCGGAGCGGCAGGGGCAUUCCUCCUGCCUCAUCCGCCUCCUCGGGCAUGCUGUCGUGGUACUUGUAACAUUUGCAUGAAUGAAAUGAACCCUAUCUGUAUAUAGCAUCCUAUAGGAUAGUCCUUCCAGCCAUGUGGAUUGAGCAUUGCAGAUACAAGUGUUUUCUUUUCACCAGGUUUUAUUUAUUUUAGUUAGUUUAGUUUUGCCAUAGGUUUUUUGUUUGUUUCCUCUUAGUGGGAAUAAAAGGAGGGAAAGCUGUUCCCGUUUAUUGCUCUGCACGUGGGUCCACAAGAAGCAAUAACAGCCAUGCAGAUGUAGGUUUUCAGGGGAGGAAAACCCACACUCCAAAGGCUGCAGGCUCUGUCUCCCCAUGUGGUUGGGGUUCCCCCACAUUGGCCAGUCCAGGACAUGCUGAAGCUGGUGUGAAGGCUUCCACCAUCUGCAGGAGGUUUUCACAAGGUCCCACUGAACCUGAGUGGGAUGAGCAGCAGCUGAGCCCAAGGGGAACAAGCGUGGCUGGCUCCCAGCACCUUGCCUGCCUCUGCCUUUAUAGCUGGCGGCUGCCUCAAAACCCCUUAGCCCCCUGGUAUUCCCUGUGUCCCCAGAAGUCUAGUGACAGCCCCUGUUUCUGAGUGUUAAGCCAUCGGGAUCAGUCCCUAAAGCUGGUCCUUUCCCACAGCCAUUUGGAAGCAGAAUAAUUCAGCGUAAGAGCUGAAGGCUGUACCAAGAUCUCCCACACCACUGGGAGCAUCACCAGAAAGCGUCCCCCAGGAAAAAAAAGGCCACAUUUUGCACUGUACAAAUCUGCAACCAGUGGGAAGGAUGAGACAGGGAGGUGUAACUCGGCAUCACCUCCCAACUCCAGUAGUACGGACUAGGGUAGUGAGCCAAGCCCAGGAAGGUGUGGACAUAGAACUCCCCUGGGCACAGCACAGGGAUGACAUUGUGCACUGGUGUUGAGAGAUGUCUCCUUUCCCUAUGCCCUUCACCAGGCAUCCUGGUGUCCCAGCCAGGAAAAUGCCCAGCCUGCACAUCCGCUGAUGAGCUUUUCCCACCCAGCUGAAAACCACAUCUGAUGCUUGUAGCAUAACCAAUUGGCUGGGAGUAUUUGUACUCAUCUUGAACAAUCUGUGGAAAUUUUAAUUAAGGUUUUUCUCCAGGAAAACGAAGUUGUGGGUUGGGUUUUUUUUCUUCUUCUCAAACCUUUUUUCCACUUUUGACAGGUUUUUUGGGGGGGUUCUUUUUGUUUCUCAUUGUUUUGCGGGAAGAAUCAAACAAAGGCGCAGGUUGUUCAGGUUUAUGAUUACCUUUGUGUACAAUGAUUUCAUUUUCAUCUGUUUGGCUUCAUUGACUUUUCUUUUGUGUGUAUUGCCCACCACUAUAGGCAGUGAGUCCACUAAUUGUGAUGAUCCUUAUAAAUGGUACACAAUGCACAGACAAAUAAAGUUUGUAAUGAUUCCUGAUGGA